UAAAAUUACAUAAUUACCCUUGAAAAUCCCUAACGAACCUUUUUCCCCUCAUUCGUUCCUCUUGUUUGCUCUGCCGCUCCGUUCCUCCCAACCUCUCUCUCUCUCAUUGAGAGUAUUCAAACCGCGAGGUGCCCAAUUGUUGCAUAAGAACGGAGUGCAACCAUACGUAGCUUAGAGAUUUAGGGUUACAAGUAGAAGUGUAGAAAGGGAAAAAUGGCGGUGAAGUCAAUGAUGGUACGUCCAUAUGUGUUAUCAGCCUCCUGCUUCCUUAGUCGAGCUCUACCAUCCUUAUUUUCUCAACCAAGGCAAACACAGUUGGUAUUGCUGCACCAUAGAGCAAUCAGCAAUGAAAACAGGAGGAAUAUGAGACAGGAAUAUGGUGGUGUCAGGAGAUUCAGUCCUCGAUCCUCGAGCGUGGGCAAUGCUGGCUCCAUCGACUCCCCCCUCAUAGAGUCCAUGAAGAAAAAGAUCAAGGAGGAGCUAAAUGCUGAAUCUGUUAGCGUAGAAGAUCUGAGUGGGGAUGGCCGACAUGUGGUCAUUGAUGUUGUCUCCUCGUCGUUUGAGGGACAGUCGGCUGUAAAUAGGCAGAGGAUGGUGUACAAAGCCAUAUGGGAGGAGCUUCAGAACACAGUUCACGCAGUUGAUCAGAUGACGACCAAAACCCCGGAUGAAGUUUCUGGUAAGAAGUGAUCAAAGCGUUUGUUGACGAAGUUUAAUUGUUGCGUUUGUUAGCUAGUGGGUGGAUUGUCUUGGUGAAUAAGAUUUUAUCUUAAAUCCACCGCGUCCGGGUUCAAACUCUCCCCUCCCCUUAGUCUAGUGCAAAAACAUUGUUGCAUUUGCUAUGCAUCCUCGAAUAAGGUUAUUUUUUUGAAUUGUUUGGGUGCAACCAUUUCUUUGGACAUAAGCGAUACUAGAAGAAGGGGAAUCGGGCAGAGGAGCUCGAGUUCGCUAUUCUAAAUCUUUGCAGCAACAUGUAUAUUUCGAGCAUUUUUAACA